AUGCCCACCAGCUCUUGGGACAGCUCCUCCAGCGACGAGACUAUCCGCGUUCGCCAACUUUCUCCAGUCCCAGCCAUCCACAACGGUCCUGGUCAUCGCUUCACUCCAGUCUUUGACCGGAUUCAUAGCCGCGACGAUCACGGAAUAAGCGGUGCUGCGGCACUCGAUGCCACUGAUAUGGCAGGUGUCAACUUCAAGCACGUUGACCGGAACAAAUAUAUGAUGAACCUCGCGCGCAAUGAGGUCGAUAUCCUGACUGAGAAGGGCGACCGCCAAACGGCCAAAGCCACACUUGUGAACCACGCAACCAUUGAACCUCCACGAUGCAUCUUUCGUUGAGAUUGUAAAUCGAAGCAAAUUAGCAUGGAGUAAAAGUAGCCGCAAUCAUUGGUCCGUAGGCGUUAGAGUCGAACGCCAG